UCAGCACUCACGAUGGGCGCGCAGGCCUUUCUCGACGCAUACCACGCGGCAAGCAAUGCCAGUCGAGGCGAUGCGCGGGUCUCGCUCCACCGCUUUGACUUUUCGCCCGACAGAUCUGUGUAUGAGCUCUGGCUGACUCCCGACGGGGCGCCAGACAUUGUACCUCUCUACAAUGGCGCCGACCUCGGCGGCUUUAUAGACGACGGCCUCUUUCUCGACAUCUCGGACAUCUGGGAAGAGGCUGACCUCAACAGCGACAUGCUCGAAUCGGCUCGUCGCUUCGCAUCGGGCCCCGAUGGGACCCGAUAUGGCGUGCCGUCGAUGGGCACCACUUCGCUUUGCGUCUACCACCGGCCGACCUUCUACGCUCUCGGUCUUUCGCCACCGACAACGUGGUCCGCCUUCCUCGACAUGUGCGACACCAUCUCCAUCUCGGGCCGUGGCUGUCUCGGCAUCGAUCUCCCGUACCUCCCGCCGGGCGUCAUUCUGGACUACCUCUUCAUCCGCAUGCACGGCAACGAGUUCUACGACGCCUUUCUCGCCGCGAACAUCUCCUUCACCGACCCGCGUAUCCUCUCCUCGCUCUCAGCCUUUGGCGAGCUCAUCCACCGCUCCGCCUUUGUCGUCGACCUCAGCUCAGUCCCGCUCCGCCUGUGGGACGCGUCGGGACUCUCGUCUGGACGCAUCGCCGUCUACUGCGGCUUUGAAUCAGUCGCCAGUGUCGCCGUUGCCAAUGGCCUCGCUGAGGACGACCUCGACGCGUUUGCCUUUCCCGCCAUCUACGAUGGCCCCGGCGCAACUGUCUCGCCGGGCCCUGCCACUGACGGUGGGCUCGGCACAUACAUGGCCUUUGGCAUUCCCACACGCUCGCUCUUCCCAGACACUGCCAAGAACGUCCUCCGCUACAUGGCCAAGCGCUCUGUCCAGGAGGCGCUCAUUUCCACACAUGCGGGCACCAUUCCGGCCCACUACUCGCUCCGCAACGCCAUUGCCGCCAACCGGACUCGCAUCGCUUUCGAGGUCAUGGCCGCGUCGUCCAAUGCUUACGGGCGGUCGGCCAUGACCGGCUUUGGCUACGGUGAGCUCGUCACCGAGUGGCAGGACUUUAUGUUUGCCCUCCACGUCAUCUCGUCGCAGGCCCAGGCCGACGCCCUCGUCUCGGCACGCAUUCCAGUCCUCGAGGCCAUCCGCCAAGCCGAAGUCCUUCGACGCGCCACAAUUCCCACCAUUACGCCGUCGACUGGCUCGUACACCGGGCCCAUCACCGUCUCGCUCACGCGGCUUAACACCGGUGCCACCAUCUACUACACCAUUGACGGCUCGGUCCCGUCCGAGGCCUCGCUCGUUUACACCGGGCCGAUCGCCCUCCUCCGCCCUGGCCAGCACGUGGUACAGGCCUUUGCCAUCCGCGACGACCUCCGACGCUCCGACACCGCCACCGCCACUUACGACAUCGUCACUCCGGUCGAGGUGGCAGACUCGAACGCCGCCCUUCUCCUCGCCAUCGUCCUCCCGCUUGUUGUCGUCUGCUGCAUCGGUCUCAUCUCCAUUGGUUUUGUCAUCUACCGCCGCAAGGCCGUCACCUACAAGCUGCAGUCCGACUCGGACUUGGUCAUCAACCCGCGAGAGCUCCUUGUUGGUCAAGUCGUUGGCGAGGGCUCGUACGGCACCGUAUACGCCGGCCGCUGGCGCGCCACGCCGGUGGCUGUCAAGCGGACCCGGACCGCGGACAUGAACGCGCGUCAGCUCCGUGAGUUUAUCGACGAGUCGUCCAUGCUCAUGCGCCUCCGCCACCCCAACGUCGUCAUCUUUAUGGGCGUCACCCUCGAGCCACCCGCCAUCGUCACCGAGUUUAUGAGUCGCGGCUCCAUGUACGCCGUCCUCCACGCGCCCGACCUCUUCCUCGACCCGUCCAUUGUCCUCAAGUGGGCCCACGCCAUCACCAUGGGCCUGCAGUACCUCUCGCACGCAGGCGUCAUCCACGGCGACUUUAAGUCGCUCAACGUUCUCUUCGACUCGUCGUGGGUACCCAAGCUCUGUGACUUUGGCAUGUCGUCGGUGAAGAAAGACGCCCGUCGCGCCGCCGCCCUCGCCGGUACCAUCAAGCCUGAUGCCACCGACGACGACGACAUCACCUCAGACACGCCUGACAGUGCGCCGAGAGUCCGAUUCAACAACCGCGUCUCGGCCGCCGAGUUUGAUGACGCUGGUUCGCCUGCGGCUCUUGACUCGUGGGCAUUUGCCCUCCACUCGAGCCACUAUACAUUUGGCCUGCGGACAAAGGACGGCCUGCUGGGCCAAAACAUCGGUACUCUGUUCUGGACCGCACCCGAGGUCCUUGUCCAGGGCGCCGCCGCUCUCUCAUCAGCGUCGGACGCGUACUCGCUUGCCCUCACCCUCUGGGAGCUUGCCACCCGUGGCGACCUAUAUCCUGGCGAGAAUCCGCUCGCUGUCGCCCUCGAGGUUGUCCAUGGCCGCCGGCCUGACCUCGACGACGUCCCGCUCGCCCUCGCCCAGCUCAAGCCCAUCAUCGAGGCCCUGUGGCUGCCCAACCCCAAUGAGCGCCCAACGCUCGACGAGGCCUCGGCUGUCCUCGGCACCCUCUACUCUCCGCAGGCCGUCGUCUACCCAAACACUUCCGCCGCCCCGUCGGGCACCGUCGGCAUCAUCCGCAUCAUGGCGCGCGCCGCCCUCGCCGCCCUAGUCUCGGACACCUACAACGCCGCUGCCCGAAUUCGCGCCUUUCACAACCACGCGCCCACGCUUGCCCGCCGCGGCGGCGGCUCGAUCAUCGACUGGGGGCUCGGAUGGAUCUCGGUCGCGUGCUACAAGCCGGCCCAGGUCGUCGACGUCGUCACUCACUUUUCUCGCAUCGAGAACGAGACCCACAGCCUGUCCAUGGCGGCCACCUUUGGGCCCAUCGUCUCGUCGACCGACGGUCUUGGCCACGUCUCGCUCUCGGGCCCGGUCAUCACCGACCUCGCUCGCCUUUGGGUCUUUCUCUUUGGUGCCGCCGGCUCGGGCUUUGAGCCGCUGCUCUCGGUCACCUUUCCGCUCUGUGCCUCUUGGGAGCAUCACCUGCCGGGUGGCGUCUUCUUCCACUCGGACCUCGCUUCCGAGCUCCUCGGCAUGUCCAGCGUUGCGCUCUUCCAGCUCGAGCUGCCAACCACUCACGUGGCUCCGGACACUGAUCUCGUCGUGUACCAGUACCAGCGUCUUGGCGACGUUGUCGUCACUCGCAACUCCCUGCCUGCCGAGCCGGCUGACCGGAUGUCGCCGCGCGCAAUGUCUCGCCGCGCACGUGCCGCUGCCAAGACCCAGGCUUCCGCCGUCGCCUCAAAAAGCGCGCUUGUCGAUGGCUCAAGCUCCACCCCGAGGCUUGACGUCGCCAACCCGGUCGCAGCUGAUGGGCACGGUACCAACGCCGCGCCGAGCCCGAUGCAGUCGGCGCCGUCUGCAGCCUCGCGAUUGACCUCGACUGCAUCCGCGACAAGCACUCCGCCGCCGCCGCGGGUCGCCGAGCUUCCGAGCUCAUGUGACACUUGGCGCCCAUCUGCUCCCGACAAGAACAAGGACGUCGAAGAUGGCCACGAGCAACAGGAAGAGGACGACGGUACUGCUCCCAACGCCAGUGCCAAGUCCAGAUCCAAGUCCAAGUCGCAUCGCAAGUUGCGCCGCAAGUCACGCCGCUCGCGCACCAGUCGCUCCUCGCGCCGCCGCAAGAGACACCGCAACGGCCGCCGCAAGUCCAAGCGCUCGGAACAGGCUCAUGCCUCAUCGACGUUGUCGCUCUCAUCAUCUAGCUCUACGUCACUGUCGUUGUCUUCAUCAUCAACAACAUCGUCAACCUCGACGUCGCCAACCGCAACAUCGUCGCGUUCUGAUGCCCUUGUUCUACAAGCUAUCACGAGCUCGAGCUCGAGCUCUCCGUCAGGCGUGGUCGUCGACCAUGUUGCUCUGCCGCCGCCGCGCGAAGUCCGUCGCCAGGCCUCGGCCGAGGAGUAUCCGGUCAUGCUCGCGGCCGCCAAGCCCACGCAAGAUGGCAACAGCGAAGCACAGACCGAGCCUGUGUCUUCGCGCACCCCAACAGGGACGACGGCAGUCAGGACCAAGGCCAAGGCCAAGGCGCCUGAUGCUGAACGCAAGCCCGCGGGCCGAGACAAGAAGGCUGGCGCAAGCGCGCGUGCGCCUGCCGAGAUUGCUCCUCUCGAAGAGGACAUUAUUCCGGAAAUGGGCCUCAGCAUGUCACUCUGUGGCGAGUCACGGGUCCUGGCCGAGUGGCUGGUGCCCGGAGCCGUGCUGCGGCGGCACGUCGAGACCUCGUGUCACACUUGGCUUGGCUCGUACGCCAACGUCCAUCGCGCGACGCUCGACGGCGUGCCUGUGGUCAUCAAAGUCCUGCUGCGGCAAGAGUUCCGCCCGGCCGAGCUGCUGCGGGUGGCGAUUCUGGCGGCACGGGCGGCGCGGGCGGCCAGCUCUCGGUUGGUAGGGCCGAAGCAGGCGUGCUUUUGCAGGCCCAACAUCGCUCUUGUCUUCCGCUACUACCCGGGCCUCUCGCUCCGCAACGCAGUCAACAUCGAUACAGGCUCGCGGAUGCUGACCGCUGCCGAGACGCGGCUGGCCAUGGUGGGCCUAGCCAAGUCGCUCCACGAGCUGCACACCCGCUUCGGCGCCGGUCACGGCUCACUCCGGCCGUCCAACAUCCUCCUUGUCCGGCCACAGGGCCGCGUCAUCGAUGCUCACCUCGUCGACUAUGGCCUGCAAGGCAUCCGCGCCUCGAUGGGAACCAUGACCCUCGUCCCAGCCAUCGCCUACAUGUCUCCCGAGGACCUGGCCGGUGUCCCUGGCACUCGCAAGGGCGACAUCUUUGUCCUGGGCUCGAUCCUCUACGAGGUCAUCACCGCCCGCCCGGCCUUUUCUGGCACAAACGCCCUCGAGGUCGGCUACCACAUUGCCAGUGGGCACCGGCCGCCGAUCGACGCCGCCGUCAUCCCCUCGCCCCUCCUCCGCGACAUCAUCAACAGCUGCUGGCAUGCUGAUGAGCUCUCCCGGCCCACCAUCAACGUCAUCGCCUCUCAGCUCUCCUCUACCACUCCCAGCGACUUUAAGCGAUCCAACUCAGGCGGACUGGCGGCGUUUGCGUCGGGCGUGGUGGCGGGGAGUGCCGGUGGAGACGAGGCCGAGUACGGACUGGUGGGCGGUGCCGGAGGGAGUGAGGCGGACAAGGAGCUGAGGAGGAAGCUGAAGAUGCGCAAGGUUGCUGAUGAGGCCGGCCUCACUUCGCAGUUCACCACAGAGUCGACAGAGGUUGUCGACUCGCUCAUGCACAAGCAUGUGGAGGAGGAGAUGCGGAAGAGGAAGGAGGCCGAGCGGGGAGGGGCCAGCACGGCAGGUGCCGGAGGGCAAGGCGGGGAGGGCAAUGACGGAGAAGGCCCCGCUGACGACGACGACAUCUACGCUGUGCCAGAGACGCUGCGGAUUCAGGAGAAGGACAACGUGCUGACGGCGAUUGUCAAGGGCGCCAAGCGGCGCAAGGGCUUUGGUCUGGUCGGGGCUGACACGGCUGACAAGGAUGAGCUCGCCUCCAAGCUCUCGCUAACCAACAUUGUCGAGGUUGAUUUGCCGGCCGAGCAUCUGCUGCGCAACGUGCAGGCGACUGCCGACGCCCGCAAGGACAUGCUGGCAAAGGUCAAGGCGGAGCGGUGGGCGUGGCGCAAGCGCAGAGGCGGUGUCGAGGUUGCCGACACCCCGGGCGCUGCCAACCGCGCUGCCGGCUACCGCCGCUACCGCUCAUACACCGAGUUUGGCGACAAGCCGCGCAAGGGCGCCGACCGCGGGCAGGUCGGAGGGCGGGCCCCGCGGCCGCGGCCGAACGAUCCGCGCCAGGAGGCAUGGGACAAGUUCCGCGCCGGCGGCGCGUCGGACGAGGCCUUUGCCGCAAACUACCGCAAGUACAACAUGCGCCGCUGA